AUGCUACGCCCUCUCAAUUGGCUGCCUCUCCCCCUUCAGUCUAGAUGCAUUACAGUUUGGAAUCGGUGUGGUGUCGCCACCGCAACACAUAAGCACCACCCGAAUCCUGCCAAUUUUGCAAACAGACCACGGGAAGAACUUUCAGCAAUGGGUCGUAGAGGUGGUAAAAAGGGUGGCAAAGUUCGAGGGGUUGGAGGAUUUCACGAUAUGGACCCUGAAAAGCAGCAUGAAAUUGCAUCUAAAGGUGGCCGAGCCUCGAGAAAAGCAGGUAUAGAGUUGGAAAAGGCCGUGAAUGAGUCUAAAGUUCGCAAGUCCAUGCCUAGUUCCCAGGAGCCAUCCGUGAUGCCUCCAGGGUUUGAAGAAUGGAAACCGUAG